UAUUAUUUUGGGAUUAUUUAAAUGUGGGAUUAUUACUCCAAACAUGAGAUUAUUCUCGCAGCCACCAUACCACCGCAGCCACAGUAUCUCCGAUUCUCCGGCACCACUUCCUCUUUUCGAUUUUCUUCUCUGAAAUUCAAUUCUUUGCAGGUGACUUUUGCUAUUAAUUAAUUAAAACCCCUAAUUUUAGCAUGUCUGCAUCUGCCGCCGUGAGAAUUCAUAUUCCUGAGAAAAUCUCCUCAGCUUCAUACCCUUCUCAGAGAGGUAGCCGUAUUCUUCAUUUUGUCAAGUACCAAGGCCUGGGAAACGACUUCAUUUUGGUAGAUAAUAGAGACUCCUCAGAACCGAAGGUGACCCCAGAGCAAAUAGUGAAGCUCUGUGACAGGAACUUUGGUGUGGGUGCAGAUGGAGUGAUUCUGGCUAUGCCAGCAGUGGAUGGUGCUGAUUAUACCAUGAGGAUAUUCAACUCUGAUGGUACCGAAGAUCAGAUGUGUGGUAAUGGUGUGCGGUGCUUUGCCAUAUAUGUAGCUGAGCUUGAGAAUCUAAAGGGGAGGCAAAGGUUUACAGUUCAUACAGGAGCGGGUCUAAUUGUUCCUGAAAUCCACGAUGAUGGGAAGGUUAUUACAGUUGAUAUGGGUGAACCAAUUCUCAAAGCAUCAGAUGUACCAACCAAGCUCCCGGCAAAUUCAUGUGAAUCGGUUAUCAAGUCAGAGCUUAGUGUCAAUGGAUUGAGUUGGAUUGUAACGUGUGUUAGCAUGGGAAAUCCUCAUUGUGUAACUUUCAGAACUAAAGAAGCCGAGAAGCUGCAAGUUGAUGAACUAAAUUUAGCUGAAAUUGGUCCAAAAUUUGAGUAUCAUGAUAUGUUCCCAGCAAGGGUCAUAGCAGAGUUUGUGGAAGUUCUCUCUCCUUCGCAUUUAAAAAUGCGUGUUUGGGAACGUGGUGCUGGAGCAACUCUGGCAUGUGGGACUGGAGCUUGUGCAACAGUGGUUGCAGCUGUUCUUGAGGGUCGUGCCGGGAGGAAAUGUGUGGUUGAUUUACCUGGGG